CAGAAAUGUGUUGUUCGGUAGUGCUUAUGGACUGCGCCUUAAGAAAAAACAGCCCGGGGACGUUAAUGCAUAUCAAAACAAACAGCGUGCAUUUUUGGUAGUCCAUUUCCCCCCUUUUUUUUUGCAGAGAAGAUAUCCGAUUUCAACAGGAUUAUUUUUUUUUAAUCUUUGAGAAAGUCUACCUCUCUUGAGUAAUACGGGUGUGAGGUCAGCAUAACAUGACUCAACCCUGGAUGUGCAUGCAGUCAUUUCAGGGCUAUUGCUUUCCCAGCCUGGCGCAUGGACGCACAGGAGUUUCUUUCUGCGAUGCCUGAAGAAAAGCGGUUGUGCUCCAUGAACACACAACAGAAGUCAAGUUCCAGAACAUUCAAGUAGCCUUAAUACACAAGGACUAGAAGUAGACUUGGGACAAAGGAAAUCCAUAGACAUGUUCGUGGGUCUGCCAGUUGACCCUGUGAUUUCUGCUCAUGGGAGGCUGCAGUUUUGUAUUUUAAAGAUGACUUCCAUUCCAACUAUGCUCAGCAGGUUUGGAUGACCACAGACUCUCUAAAACCUCGAACUUCAUUUGUAAAUAAAGAGGGACGUUGUAGCUUAAUAACACUGGAGAAAGCUUGGUGUGGUUUAGAGGUUUGAACUCUUCUUUACCCUUUCACAAGCUUACUCCAGCCCUCUGCUCUCCACCCUUAUUCAUGAUAGUCAUGAGUUUGCCAGCUCAACAGAAAGCCAACACAAAGAGGACAGGCAAACGCAUCACUUUCUUUAACGACCAGGGCGUUGCAAUGAAAGAAGCUUCACAGCGCACAGAGGGCUCCUACUAUGGCAUGGGAGCCCCUCCGUCAGAGUCAGUCCACAACGAGGCUGCGGGUGUGGAAAGUUCCGCUGCUGAUGCGCCACAUGUGUAUCUCAAUUCAGUCAUUUUCAGCCCAGAGAAGGGCAACCAGAACCGAGGCCAUUACCAACAGACUAUGCCAAUGAAGUGGUCGCACCAGGAGGUAUCCCAGCAACCUCAGCAGAGACCUACAGCCUGGUCUCAGGGUGUCACAACGACAACUUGGGCCCAGAAUUACGGACCUUACCUGGGAGCGCAGCCUGGUUUUGUAAAGCAGGUACCUGAAAGCGUUGCAAUACAACAGCAGCAGCCGGCUGCCAUUAGGAUGGCAGAAAAGCAACAGUCAGAAGCCUUUAGGGAUGCUUCUAAAGCAAGCGGUGGUAUGGACUGGGAGCAGCAGCAGCAAUCCUUUCAGCAGGGUCACAAAGCUGCCCUCUUCAAUCCCCAGCAGAAUGUGACAUCUACCACUGGGAGCACAUCAGUGCUUCAGCCCUUUCAGUUAGCCUUCGGGCAGCCGAGGCAAAACUUGGCAGCAGGCUAUUAUCAGGUGUUCCAUGGUAACAGAUCCUUGCAAAAUGUGAAUUUCGUAAACAGCACCCAAACAAAUCCCCAGAAUCGAAUUCAGCAGCAACUUCAGCAGCAGCAACAGCACCUUCAGCAGCAGGAAAUCCAGAGACUGAUGCUCCAGAAACAGCAAAUUCAGCAGCAAACACAACAGCGCAUGCACCACCAACAUCAGAUGCUGCAGCAUCAACAACAAUCCCAACAACUAGUGCAGUCACAACAACCACAGCCCCAAAAGCAAGCACAGCAUUUGAACCAGAUCCAGAAGCAAUCCAUACAAAUGUCACAACCGAUACAAAUACAACAGCAAGCACAGCCACUACAACAGCAAUUACAGCAACAUUUGCAAAAAUCUCAGCAGCAACAAGGUCAACUAAAUCAGCUAAAUCAGCAAAAAGCUGAAAACCUACAAAAGCUGCAGCAGAAUCAGCAAUUAGUGGAAUUUUCCUCCACCGGCAAACAAUCACAAUCACUUUCCCAAACUGAGCAAUCAACAGGGCAAUCCCAGGACACACCUGAAUCAACAGAGCCCCAGGAAAAUGCUUCUCAAUGCCCUCCCAUCAUUUCCCAGGCAUCUACUGAGACACAGCAACCUGGACCACGGAGGUCUCGGCGCCUCUCCAAAGAGGGUGGAGGACAAGCGGCGGAGAAUACCAUCCCCAUGCCUGCUGAGCAACAGACUCAGGGCCCUCAUAACGGAGCCGUAGAAGCAACCGAGGCCGGACCCAAGCAGACCAUCCGAGCUGCUCCUACAGGGGUCAUCCAAAUCACACGGCGAAAGCGGAGGGUGUCCCAAGAGGCCAACCUGGAGACGUUGGCACAGAAAGCCUCCGAGAUGGCAUCCUUACCUUCACACACGAUCAAGGAGUCGCAAAGGCCCUGUAGCCCCCCAGUGUUGGACCUCGGCGAAGUGUUUGGAGAGAUGGAGGGGGUGAGUUCCAAAUGUGCGAGAGACGAGAGCCUGGUGCCCCUGGUGAUCCCAGUGUCAGUUCCCGUACGGCGGACAGACCCCACUUCUUUAGAGCAGGAACAAACCUCUCUUUUAACCAGCUGGCCGAUUCGACCCAGUGACCCAAACCGGACUGACCACAAGCCCUCCGUCAUUGUCACACGCCGCCGCUCGCUACGCAAUUCUCUGUCCGAGAGCUCGAGCCAGAACGGCGGAGCAGAGCUUGCCGGCGACAUGGAUGGCAAAUCGUCCAAGGCGAAACGGCGUCCUCGGCCGGAGCCGCUCUUCAUCCCUCCGCCCAAAGUGAGCACGCUGAUCGCUCCACCAGUUUACUCUAGCAUCACACCCUACCAGAGCCACCUUCGCUCGCCAGUAAGGCUGGCUGAUAACCCGCUCACGCUGCCUCCUUACACCCCUCCACCCAUCCUCAGUCCAGUGCGAGAAGGUUCAGGCCUUUACUUCUCCGCCAUUCUCUCUGCUGCAGCUGUUGCAGGGACACAGUGUCUCCCGCCGCCUGCCACGCCCAAAUCGGCCACCCGUAGCCUCCUCCGCUCUAACAGCACUGAGAUUACCCCUCCGGUGCUGUCUGCUAUGAGUGAAGCCACUCCUGUCAGCGUUGAACCGCGGAUAAAUAUUGGGCAUAGAUACCAGGCGGAGGUGCCCGAGCUGAAGGAGCGCUCGGCUGCGCAGCUCGACCCACACAAGGCUGAGCUGGUGUGGGCGCCACUGCCGGAGCUGGAGUCCAAAGGCCAGCAGCAGGAGAGAGUGAAUGAUCUCAUGCACCUGGCCUGCUCAAGCGCCAUGUCUGGAGGAGGGACCAAUCAGGAGCUGGCUAUGCACUGUCUCCACGAGUCCAAGGGUGAUAUCAUGGGAGCCCUUGCCCUCCUUCUGUUGAAAAACCCCAUCUUUCCCAAAUAUCACCCUCUGGCAGAUUACCACUACUCCGGCUCAGACAACUGGACACCUGAAGAGAGACGUUCUUUCAACAAGGGCAUCUCAACCUACAAGAAGGACUUCUUCAUGGUGCAGAAAUUGGUAAACUCCAAGACGGUGGCUCAGUGCGUGGAGUUCUACUACACCUAUAAGAAGCAGGUGAAGAUCGGCAAGAACGGCACGCUUAUCUACGGCGAGGCAGAGUUUCCUGAAACACGGCCCACGGAGGAGGAGGUGGACUAUAAGGGUUCGCAGAGGUUUGACUUACGAAAGGAAGAGGAAGAAGACAGGAAGUGGGAGGUAUCGGGGGACAGGAAGCGAGAGAGCAGCCCUGACAGGGUGACACAGUCUCUACAGACUGGUGCAGCGCUGGUGUUAAGAAGUCAGGAGGAUGGAAGACGGGACCAUCCAGUGGUUACGGUUAGCCGGGCCUCCACAUUGCCCCCUAAACCCCGGGCAGAGAGCACAGCCCGGAAGAGCGGGGUCGGGACAAAGGGCUCUGCGGGACAGGAGGGAGAAUUCCCCUGCAAGAAAUGCGGAAGGAUAUUCUAUAAAGUGAAAAGUCGAAGUGCUCACAUGAAGAGCCACGCCGAGCAAGAGAAGAAAGCGGCGGCUCUCAGGCAGCGGGAAGCUGAGGAGCGAGCAGCGGCGGCUGCGGCAGCCUUAUUGGCUGCUCAACAGAACGGAUCUCGAGGAGAGCAAGCGGCAGCGAGGCGAGCCAGCAGCGAGGACUCGUCAGAAGAGGAAGACUCCACAGACGACGAAGACUGGCACUAGCAAAUACUCUUCCUUUUUUUCCUUAUGGUGGAACUGCGACGCUUCUGCAACACAUCCUGAUAAACUGGUGUUUUGUGGGGAGGAAGAACAGGGAGAUGGAACAUGAACAUCUUCAGGGACUAACUUACUCCCUUUGUGUGUGUGUGUGCGUGUGCGUGUGCGUGUGCGUGUGUGUGUGUGUGUGUGUUCGCGCGUGCCAGAAUGUGUGUGUCAGUUCAAGAUUUCUCAUUCAGACAUAGGGCUAUAGGGAGUACAAGCCAAGGGUGUGUGUGUGUGUGUGUGUGUGUGUGUUUUUAUGUGUCUGCUUAGUGUCAGAGGGAAGCAUUCAGGGUUUCUCGUUCAGACAUAGGGCUAUAGGGAGUACAAGCCAAGGGUGUGAGAGAGAGAGAGAGAGAGAGAGAGUGUGUGUGUGUGUGUGUGUGUGUGUGUGUGUGUGUGUGUGUGGCGUGAGGGGAGGUACCAUACACUGUCCUUUAACACAGACCCCAUAAACACACUGGGUGCAGCCCAGGAGUUCCACCGGCUUACCCCGCCCUCCUCCCCAACACAGACUCGCUUCACCCCUUUACUCUCCGCUGUGACUCGGGCUAUCGUGCAUUCAGUGCUCUGGACAAUGCAGGACAUUCAAACUGGCAAAGACAAAUGAGUGGACUAAUGUCACUUUAGAUACCUGCAUUUUUGUCCUCUCAUGAUUUUUCUAGAUAAAAUCUGUGUUUAUGAUUCUUUUACGGUUGACUGCCAAAAGCUUGCACAGCGGUACUUGUGCAUCUGUUUGUUUGUUUUUUUCCUUCCUUGUAGUGCCGUAAAUUUGGGCUUUGGUGUUUUUAUGUUUACUUCUGGCCACCUCGCUGAUGCCUUGGAUGUUUUUGACACUUUUAAUCGUGACAUGACAAUCAAUUUUACAAAGGGUCUUAUAUAUAUAUAUAUAUAUAUAUAUAUAUAUAUAUAUAUAUAUAUAUAUAUAUAUACACACCCAACAAAGUAUCAUGUUUUUUUAUAUAUUCCUUAUUAUUAUUAUUGUUAUUGUUGAUAUCAUUGGUAUUAUCCUUAUUAGUAUUGUCAUUGUACUGUUUUAUAGUUCUGUUAUUUUUGGGAAAAGUUUCAAAGUUCUUUUUAUCAUUUAGCUGUUAGUUAAUUUAAAACUUUUGCUACCUGUGUUCACGGUUUGUAAAACUUCUGUAAGGUGUCAGACAGGAAGAGACAGAACCAGAGGGUGAAAGUGCAAUAGAACAAUUUGAAAUCUUAAUCCAAAAUGUGCCGCCACUCCUCCCUCCUCCCUCAUCCUCCUCCAUUCCUGUCCCAACGUAAUCUGAACCCCGGUGCAGCCUCGGUUGAACAAGAUCGCUUGAAGAUGUUUUUAUCUAAUGUUUCCUGGGCUGGAAAAGAGAACAAAUAUUUUUUUAUUUUUUAUUUUCCUUGGAGUGGCUUAAAAAUGAAAUGUAACGUGUUUCCAGCGCUGCGCCGUCACACCCCGACUCUGCUCGCCAAGCACUUGGCGAUAUCACCAUGGCAACAGAGGCUGCCCUCCCCAUUCUCUAAGAACAGCCACACUGUGGAGAUGUGAGCCGAGAGUAACGGCUCCAAUUACUGCUCAUCACAUUUCAGUCUGCUAUGCACUCUGUGUCUGCGUGUGUUUGUGUCUGUUAGUGGCCCUGUGGGUGGAUGUAGAAGUGUGUUUUUGCACACAUAUGUGUAUGUGUGCAUGUAUGAGUGUUAACACCAAUAAUAAAAAAUAACUGUUUUAAACCCAGAGCCAAGUGAGAAGAAGAAGCUUCCAGAUCUAUUUAGAGUUUAUGGGAAAUUCUGUAUUUGACCUGCUCUUUCAGUCAGGCAGGCCAGACGCCUUGUGGUAAGAUUGUCUAGCCAAGGGUCUUUUUAAAAAAACUGUUUCAAAAUCAUUUUAUUUUUAAAUUAAUAUAAAAAAAAAAGAAAAAUAAAUAAAUACAGGAUUUGCUGCCACGGA